AUGAAGCGGUGUCUGACAUGCCCUCGGAUAGGAAGCACUCGAAAAUCAAAACGUUUGCGCCGAAGUCUAUCUGACCCAAUCCGACGUGAAAGAGUGGGCUUGCUGAGUGCACUUGAAAAACUACCUGUUGAAAUAAUACAUCGCGUGUUGUCUUUUUUAAAUCUGGACGACCUGCUCUCUCUAAGCUGUGCUUCGUCACAGUUGAAAGUUCUGAUUGAGGUGUUUGUUAACACCAGUCGGUGCGUUCUCCUGCGAGAUUUUCGCGAGCCUCAUUCAAUUCAGUACGACACGUAUUCGAAGCACGUAUCACAACUCUGUGAAACAUACAAGAAAAUUGGUCUGUUAUUCAAGGAAUUAGCUUGUGAUUUCCCAAUGUGUGUUACCACUAGAAUUCUGGAACGCCACUUAUCUAACUUUGCUACCGGUAUAUCUAGUCUUGUCAUUCUCUUCUCAUUGCCUUGUGCUCAGCACAUGUGUCAUCUCGAUACUGAUUAUCUUCGAGGACGGCCCGAAGCGGAUGGUCCCGUCCUCUCGAACCCAACGCCUACUGGUGGAUCACGACGAGUUCCAUGUCGUUUCGGAUAUUUGCGGUGUCCGGCGCUUCUCCUCUACGGGCAUUUCCUCCGAGAGUUCACUUCUGAUUGGUCGGAACCACACAAAGACAAGUUGCUCCGCGACCUUUUUCACUGUUGUUUUAGUGAAAACCUUUGGCGAAAGUUGACAGCCGUGGUGUGUGAAAAUCCAGGAAAAGAUCUUCACUCAGAACUUACUCUCAGAUUGUUCAUUCGACGCGUAUUUCUGGAUCCGGCCGCUUUACCACAACCCAUCCAAGAGCGUCAGCCUAGUUUAUCCGAAAGAAUUUCGACUGGACAACAUUUGCUGCAUUCGACUUCACACCUGGAAGUUCUGUCCGCGAACAAUCGUGAUGUAAGAACCGAAGCAAAUCUUCAAUGUUUUGCAGUCACUCCAUCUUCCGAUAGCAGUCUCUCACUCUGCCACUUCGGUAAGGCGAUCGGUGACAAUCAAAGCACAAGUACAUCGAGUUCGUCUACAAAUCAAUUCCUCCCAUCUCACUGCGAUCGUAGCUAUGGAGACGUCUCAGCCCUAUUUGAAAUACCCACAUCGGCCCCAAUCAUCACUCGGCCCUCUUAUUACACUGUCGCUUCUCAACCAGUUCGCGUAUCCAGUCAUCCACAACCAGUUUGGGCCGCCUCACAAACGUUGCUGCAUAUUCUGAGUUCAUAUCCAAUAGUUCAUCGGGCUCGCAUACUCUUCAUUCUUUAUGGUCCGAUGCAUAAAGGACGUUUGAUGUGGCGCACAAUGUGUGAAAAUACGGCCGCUGAUUCGGAACAAUUAUCAGCCUGCUUUGGUGAAUUGGGAAGCGUACUACAGAAUAUGUUGGAAAUUGGAGCAUGGACCCCUGAGCAAACUUUGUCCAUUCUGAACGAAAUCAUUGUGAUGCCUGAUGAGUGGCUCGCCGAAAAUGUAGCCUGUCUGCUUUAUACAUCAGGGUCGCGUCUGACUUCGAUGCUAAUCAGGCAAAAAGCAGUCACUGGACAAGUGGGCGAAUUGGCUGUCACUCUGACCUCACUAUGCUUAGUACGAGUUAAAAUCCGGUCACCCUUGACGGACUUGGUUGUUCUCUUGGAUGAAGCCUGUCGAGCAGUUCCUUUGUCCCAUAGACGUAAUUUCCUGGACCAAUUAGCGCGCGCGUUUCAAGAUGUUAUAGUUGAUUUGUAUGAAACAGAUGAACUAGAAGAACGUAUUGAAGAUUUCUCAACGAUCCUCAGGGCCCAAGCUGAGUUUAUGCGCGCACUAAUGGCCCGAAUGUACGAGGAGUAGUAGGGAUUCCGGUAUUGACGACUAUUGUGAUGAUAAUCCUUGGAGCUGUUAUAUUUUUGUUAAAUUCCCUGUUCUUCAAGAUUCGCGCCAGUUUCCUGUUUGUUUCUUCGCUUUCACAGACCGUUCACUCUGUGUCUGAUCUUGUUAUUUUUUGAGAAUUUUCUAUUUUCUAUUUUUAGACCAAUGUUGACUCGUUUAUUGUUUACAGUACGAAAUAGAUAGAACGCUG